GUGUGAACAGCAUAUCUAGUUUGUGUUCAUUUUUUAAAGCAUAAACAAAUUGCAAUAACAUUGAAAAAUGAUUAAAACUGAGGAUUCAAAAUAUAAUUAUCAAAUGCAGUCGACAGACAUGUACAUGGAUCUGACAAUUCAAGAUUCAAAAGCUAAGCAUUCACAUCGCAGCAAGUACAUCAAGAUUCUUAGCAGUUCCAUUAUAUUUUACCUUUUAAUAUAUAAGCAGUUGAGUAGUUUAAGCCUGCAUAUUGUGUUCUGUCUACCUAUAAUCCUGUCAGUCUACGCAUUAUCCUCAUUCGUCGAGAAAGAGACAGUCAAAGCGAUCAAAAAUUUCGGAAUUUUGUAUACAACUUAUUAUUCAUUCAAUAUCCGCAAAUCGACGGUCUUCAUACCUUCUGAAAAUAUUUACAAAAUUGUCAUCAAUGAGAUGAAGCACUUGAAUCAAAUAGACUUUUACCUCCAAAUCCUAACAAAUAAGGAGCUGCAGAAAAAGUCACCGACGAUAGUUAUCAAAAAUGUUUGUACUAAGGAUUUAUUUCUCUUAAUUCGGCACUUUAAAUGACCUUAACAACUAAUGAUCUUUGUUACUUAUACUUAUAGAAUCUACCAUGCUUACGGUUAAUGUAUCAAAAAUUGUCGUCAAUGUUUCAUUUUGAGUGCUGAUCAGGUUUUUUCAAGAACUGCUUAACUUUUUCCAGUGCAUCAUUGCUCGCAUUUAUCUUAAUAAUCUGUGGAUAAUUUAAUGAAAUGUUUGUAAGAUAUUUAAGAACCAAAUAAAUGUUACUUCCUCACAGAUUCCUGUAGAUUUAAAUUAA